AUGACUGUCAAAGUCAGAGGUAAAGAUUUAGAUAACCGUUGGGUUGUUCCACAUAAUCCAUAUCUCCUCGCAAAAUUUGAUUGUCACUUGAAUGUAGAAAUUUGCUCAACAAUCAAAGCAGUCAAAUACCUUUAUAAGUACAUUUAUAAAGGUCAUGAUCGUGUUGCUUUCAACUUGAUUCCUGGACAAAACAUCCAAGAUAUAGAUGAAAUCCAACAAUUUCAAUCAGCCAGAUGGAUUGCUCCACCAGAAGCUAUGUGGAGAAUAUAUGGUUUUAUUCUUAAUGAAAUGCAUCCAUCAGUUUACAGUUUACAUCUACAUCUUGAAGAUCAACAUCUGGUAGCUUUUCAUGCACAUGACAACCUUAACAAUGUUCUGAGAUCUGAUUUUACGGCAAAAUCAAUGUUGACUGAAUUCUUUUCAACAAAUCAAACUAAUGAAAAUGCACGAAAACUACUGUACAAAGAAUUUCCUGAAGCUUUUGUUUGGAACCAACAACACAAAAUAUGGACUCCAAGAAAGAAGAAAACUGUUAUAGGCCGCAUUGUUACAGCAAGUCCAUUCGAAGGUGAAAGGUAUUACUUACGGAUAUUGUUAAAUCAUAUAAGAGGCCCUUUAUCAUUUGACCACAUCAAAACAGUUGGCAACGUCACUGCACCAACCUUUCGUGAAGCAGCUACAUUACAUGGUUUGUUACAAAGAGAUACCAGUUUGCAAGAUUGUAUGCAAGAGGCUUCCUUAUACCAAAUACCACACAGUUUAAGACGGCUAUUUGCAACAAUUUUAGUAUACUGUAAUCCAACAAAUCCUAGAGAACUUUGGGAAUAUUUUGAACAAGAUAUGUCAAGUGAUUUCCAAACAAGUGUUGCAACAUCAGCAGAUAUUAGGACAAAAAACGAAACUGAAGCUAGAGAAAUAAAUGAUGAAUUUGCAGUUCUGAUACCAGAAGAAGAUCUUAUGGCUUCGAUGAGUCUUAAUUCUGAACAACAACACGCAUAUGAAUCAAUUUUGCAGAAAGUCCUUCUAAAUGAAUCUGCUGCAUUUUUUAUUGAUGGUCCGGGCGGAACAGGGAAAACAUUCUUAUAUAAAGCACUUCUCGCUACAGUAAGAUCAAGAAACUUAAUUGCUCUUGCAACUGCAUCGUCUGGUGUUGCUGCAUCUAUUUUACCUGGAGGUCGAACAGCCCAUUCACGCUUCAAAAUUCCAUUAGAUCUUGACAAAAAUAGUACUUGUUGUGUAAGCAAACAAAGUGCUCUUGCCAAAUUGUUACGUCUUGCAAAGCUAAUCAUAUGGGAUGAAGCACCUAUGUCUAGAAAAGAAUGUAUGCAAGCAUUGGAUAAAAUGUUACAAGACAUAACUGAUUCAAGGUUACCAUUUGGUGGAAAAAUUAUCGUUUUCGGUGGAGAUUUUCGUCAAGUCUUACCUGUGAUUCGGAAAGGUACAAGACAAGAAGAAGUUAAAGCCAGUUUAGCAUCGUCAUAUUUGUGGUCUACUUUAACUAAGAUUAGGUUGAGUGAGAAUAUGCGAGCAAGAUUCGAUCCAAACUUCUCAAAUUAUUUACUUCAGGUCGGAAAUGGAACAACACCAAUCACAAUUGAGAAUAAGAUCAAAAUUCCCAAUGAAAUGCUCAUUCCUUACAAAAAUGAUGUGGAGUCUUUAGAUGAUCUGAUCGAUGCAGUCUUCCAAGAUAUUGGCAGCUAUUCAGAAAAUUUAUCCGAAAUGACAAAUCGAGCUAUCUUGACACCAAAGAACAACUCUGUCGAUGAGAUAAAUACAAUACUUAUUCAAAGAUUUCCUGGUACAGUUACACAAUACUAUAGCUUCGAUGAAACGAUUGAUACAUCAGAACAAGGAAUCAUGGAGGAUUUUUUAAAUACAUUGACACCAAAUGGACUUCCACCUCAUGAGCUGGCAACCGACUACAAGCAACAAUUUUCGGCAAAGAUAUAG